GUCUAUUAAACUAUUUUGAGAUAUUAAAAUGAAUUAAUGUAACAUAAAGAAAAAAAUGGAGAAAAUCAGUCUCAACCGCUACCUUAUCCUCUUCUCCCUCCUCCUCCUCCUAACGCUCUCCGCCGCCUCCGCCGCCGCACUCGGAAGCGGCGGGAAGGUGGGCGGGAGAAAGGAGAUAAAGGACGUUGAGAAUAACAAGGAGAUUCAGAAUCUAGGGCUCUACUGCGUGAAGGCGAAGAACGAUCUCCUCAAGAAGGAGACGCCGGGCACGCCGCCUCUGGUCUUCUUCAAAGUCGUCCACGCGGAGGAGCAGGUGGUGGCCGGAAUCAAGUACUUCCUCCGCAUCUCCGCCGGCGACGGCGACGGCAAAGUCCGGAUUUUCGACGCCGAGGUUGUGGUCCAGCCCUGGGCCAAGUCUAAAAAAUUGAUCUCCUUUGUUCCCUCUGGCCGAGCAAAAUAAUCAUUUUUUUUUCAAAAAAAUAAAAAUAAAACCGCCCUCAUUUCUAUGUGAAACGGGGGAAGCUUGAAGAUCUGUUGUAUCACAAAUUGUAACACUCGGUUUACAAAAUUAAUUGCGAUUGGUUGAAAUUUGUGUCAACUAAUCGCAAUUGAUUAGUACACGGAGAUGUAUUAUGAUACAACAGAUCAUAUAUUUGUUUGACAUUUGUGUGUGGGUGUGAAAGAGUGUAAUGUAUGUAAUGUACUCCUAUGGAAUUAUUGCUAUUAAUUAGCAUUCAUUUUAUUUGAAAUAAUGCAUAGUGAUAAUUCCAUGAAACAAAACCUUAUGGUUUUGAAUAAGUGAGGAUUAGUGUUGUUGUUAUGACUUUUGGUUGUGUUGUUGUAAUGUUAAGAAUAUUUAAUGGAUUUAUGCUGUUC